AUGAAAGUGAAAAGGCUGAAAAGAGCUCAUCGCAUAUUAACGUUCUUCAAGUACAAUUACAAGAUUUCACCACCGUUCAGAGUUUUGGUGGACGGUACUUUCACUAAUGCUGCUCUCGCAAAUAAAAUCAAUCUACGAGAACAGUUGCCAAAAUAUUUAGGCGGAGAUGUUGAAAUCGUGACCACAAAGUGUGUCCUCGCAGAACUCGAGUCUCUUGGCUCCCCUGUUUAUGGAGCGCUUGUUAUUGCUCGUCAGUUCGAGGUGGACGUUUGUCCACAUACACCAAGUCGCCCGGCAGCGGAUUGCCUCGCGCAUCUUGCUCGUCGUGCUGCGAAAGGGAAGACUAAAUAUGUUAUUGCCACUAAUGAUGAUUCGCUUUCGGAAAAGUUGCGCACAAUUGCUGGAACGCCCAUUCUUUACAUAAAAUACAAUGCCAUUCUAUUGGAUCGAGUAUCGGAGACGUCAAUAGCGGCUGUGGAUGACAUACACAAAAGCGAGCUCGAAAGUUUGAAAGCAAUUAAGGCUGCUGUGUUAGGCGAACAAAAUGUCAAAAAGAAGAAAAGGAAGAUAAAGGGCGCUAAUCCGCUUUCCUGUAAGAAGAAGAAAAAAGUUUCCGAUACCGUAGUGCCUGUGAAAACAGGAGUCCGCACAGCCAGUGGCAAAAGAAAGCGAUCAAGACGCAAGGCGACGGCAUCAACCGCUCCGUCUGAGGCUGCUGAAUAG